GAUGUGGUAAUCAGGCGGUAAAUUCGUUUUGGUUUUGCCUUUUGUAGAAUUGCUGUUUGAUUGGUGGGUCGCUGGGUGAUUAUUGUUUGAUUUCUGUACGAUUCAGACCAAUUAUUGGGGCAAUUGAAUUUAGCAUCUUGACUCUCCUGAUUUAGGGUUUCGAUUUAUUCAUUUAAUGGCAUAGAUCGACGAGAAGGGAUGAUUGGUUACUUUUUUGAUGGCAAGGGGAGAGAAGGUUGGGAACAAGCAAUAUGGUAGGAGAGGAAUUCGGUCCAAGGACAAGGACUCGGACGAGUCAGAUGAGGAUUACACGGUGGGGGAAGAUGAAGAGUUUGAUGAUUCGGAGGAGUAUUGCUCUUCUUUAGAUGAGGAGGAAUCAGAAGACAGUUUUUGUGAAUUUGAAGAAGUAGAAGAGGAGGAGGAGGAAGAGGAAGAAGAGAAGGAGACGAAGAAGAAGAGGAAGGUUGGUAGGCCAAAAGGGCAAAGUGGUUUUCGAGGUAGGAAGAAAACUGGCAGUAGAAGGGCGCACAAGAAAAGAAGGGUUUCAUCUGAGGAAGAAAAUGAUGAGGAUUAUGAAGAUGAGGAUGAUGAUGAUGAAUUUACACCCGAUGAAGUUGAUUUAGAAGAUGAAGAUGAGGUGGUAGUCCGGAGGAAGAAGAAGUUGGGGAAGCCCUCUUUGCGGGAAGAGGGUUUUGUUCAAGUGCGAAAGAGGAAAUUGAAUUCUAGGUUUAUGAAAAAGCCUACAAAAAUAAAGCCUACAAACAGUCAUGGGUUAUCAAAGAGUUCAGCUGCUGAUAAUGAUGAGGGGGCAUUCACAAAUAACAACCAAGUUGUGAAGCAAAAGACUCAAAAAAAUGAUUGUCCAAGGAAGAGGCGAUUCAUAAUAGAUUCUGAUUCAGAUCCUGUAAGUUCUGGGUCGUCUGAUUUCGAGUACACUAUAUCUGAGGAAGAGAGAGAACAGGUGAAAGAGGCCAGUGAAUUUUGUGGUGACUUUACUCUUAGUUUGAGAAACUCCUCUUUGAGAACGAGAUUACAAGAAGAAGGUGCUUUAUUGCGGCAAAGAAAACGUCUAGGGAGAAAGGGUAAGGAGAAGGUUGAGGAUUUGAAAUUUGAAGCUGGAAAACAGGUAUGUGGAAUCUGUUUGUCAGAAGAAGGUGCAAAGACUGUCCGAGGAACAUUAAAUUGUUGCAGUCAUUAUUUUUGUUUUGCUUGCAUAGUGGAGUGGUCUAAGGUUGAAUCACGUUGUCCAUUGUGCAAGCAAAGGUUUAUGACUAUUAGUAAACCUGCUAGAUCAAGCACAGGGUUUGAUUUGAGGACUGUGGUUGUACAAGUACCAGAACGUGAUCAGGUGUACCAGCCAUCUGAGGAAGAACUUAGGGGUUAUCUUGAUCCAUAUGAAAAUGUGAUUUGUACUGAAUGUCAACAAGGUGGUGAUGAUGCCCUUAUGUUACUUUGUGAUCUCUGUGAUUCACCAGCGCAUACAUAUUGUGUUGGUCUUGGACGUGAAGUACCAGAAGGUAACUGGUAUUGUGAAGGCUGCAGACCUACUGCCCUUGUUUCCUCAAAUCCAUUAGCUUCAAAUCUGACAACUGACCACAGAACCAUAGAUGAUUUUUCGGGCAGAUUGUCUCCUGUUGAGACUGUUAGGGAGGCUAUAGACCUUAACAGAAUGUAUGUACCUGAAACACCCCCAACUCUGGGAACUGGGGUUUCCUCAUCUCCCAGACAUCCUGGUGUGGAUUUUCAAGCUGCUUCUCCAGCACUGGGACCGGGGGUGUCUACUGUGUCAGAAAGACGCAGGAUACAGCGUCAGAUUCACCACCUACUUAACAGCAGAAUAAGCCAAUUGAGUGGCAGAACUAAUGGGAUGCCGCCUAUAGCUUCUGGAAAUAAUCUUUGGGUAUCUCAAGUUGGAAGGGUUAGGGAAACAGCAUUUCAACAUGCAACAAGACUGGAAACAUUACCGUCUCAUAAUAUUUUUCCCCAUGAAAGGCUACAGGACAAUUUCACACCUUCAAUGCAGAGCAGGGAUCUAUUCCCUUCAAGGCCAGGCCAUUCAACAGCCCAACAAAUUCAGGGUCAAACCUCUACCUCUACUGAUGGUUCUGCUAAUGGAAUGUUACAAGCUGGACUUAUUGGGAUCAAUAGGGGUAUCAAUUCAAGAUUGGGUCAUGAGCAACUCCAUCCAUGUAGUAACAGAUCAAGCAUCAAUAAUGCUAGCAUGUCUCCUUACAGUUAGGCUCAUUACCUUCGUGGACGUCAGAAGAAACUCUACAUGCACCAUUUUAGCCGCAUGUGGCUAGAGCUCUGGGGAAUCAGUUUUAUCCUGUGCAACCACCUUCGAGAUGCAAUUGCAAUGGAGGGCAGGUGGACAGAUUAGCCUGAUGAAUGUUUGCUGCUCAUCUUGUUUCAAUUUAUUUGUAGGGCAUCUAGUGAGGGUGAUCAGGACCACAUGAGCUCCUCUAUUGUUCGAGGGUAGGGUUUUAUGUUGCCAGAUGAACCCCCCCCCCCCCCCCCCCACAUUCUUUCUGUCCAUUGACUAUUCAUACACGUCUUUUUAUUUUUCUCUACUAGGACUUAGGAGAUUUUUUGUGGUCAAAUUGUAUUUUUAUGGGUAAGCAACUGGCAGCAAAAAUUUGAGGCUCUAUUAUAUUGUCACUCUUACUCAACCAUGUUUAACAGUUAGUUAUUGAUUAGAAAUAUAGUAAUUUUUCUUCUUGUAUUGGUCGUUCAACUUAUUAGUACCAACUUUAGUUGUUGGUUACAUGAGACUUUGGACGAACUUUGUACAAUUUAAAUGCUUAUAACUUUUUUAUUCCUUCUUAA